AUGAUUGAAAAGUCCGAAAAGAUAGGGAUUGCUGUUGACACCCAGAAUUCGGGCGAAAUUGAGGUUGAAAGCUCUCAGCCAUCAAUUCAUAGAAGUUUAGAGAUUAGACACAUUCAGUUGAUUGCAAUAGGAGGACUGAUUGGUACUGCUUUGUUCAUAUCUAUCGGCUCUGGCCUCAUUAAGGGUGGUCCCUUGGGCUUAUUCUUGGCGUAUACAAUUUGGACAAUAGUGAUUUUGUUCUUAUGUUCUUCAGUCGGAGAAAUGGUAUCUUAUCUUCCAAUUUCUUCGCCAUUUAUCACUAUGGCGGGUCGUUGCGUAGACGAAUCUCUUGAAUUUUGUGCUGGCUGGAAUUACUACAUUAUGUUGUCUUUAUAUAUUCCUUUCGAAAUUACCGCUGUUAAUGGACAAAUUCACUUUUGGAGAGAUGAUUAUUCUCCUGCGAUUCCUUUGUGUGUGCAAAUCGUGUUGUAUGUCGCUAUCAACAUUUUUGCGGUCCGGUAUUACGGUGAAUCAGAAUUCUGGUUAUCCUUAGGAAAGUUGAUCUUAGCCGUUGGUUUAAUCUUCUUUACAUUUAUUACUAUGAUUGGAGGAAAUCCUCAGCAUGACGUAUAUGGGUUUCGAAAUUGGAAUGCUAAAGGGGGUCCAAUCGCAGAGUAUCUAGGCACUGGAAGUACAGGGAGAUUCCAGGGUUUUUUGGCUGCUUUAAUUCAAGCUGCUUUUACGAUUGUGGGUCCAGAAUACAUUUCAAUGGUAGCAGGUGAAGCAAAGGACCCCAGAAAGUCUAUUCCUACGGCUUUUAGAACUGUUAUGUACAGAUUGGUAAUAUUUUUCAUUCUCGGAUCUUUGAGUGUUAGUAUAAUUAUUGCAUACAAUAAUCCAACUUUCCUAGAAAUGAACGGUACAGCCUCAAAUGCAGCUGCUUCUCCUUACGUUGUUGCUAUGAAAAAUAUGGGAAUCAAAGUAUUACCUGAUAUCGUAAAUAUUUUGAUUAUAACUUCCUCCUUCUCCGCAGGUAAUUCUCAAGUUUUCUGCACAUCUAGGGUUCUUCACUCUCUCUCGAGAAGAGGAUUCGCUCCAAGAGUUUGUGGAAUAUGUACAAGGAAGGGUGUUCCUAUUGUCGGAGUUGGCAUUGCAAUGUGUUUUGCUCUAUUAUCAUUGCUUCAAUUGGGUUCUACUAGUGCAACAGUGCUUAAUUACAUUGUUAGUUUAUGUACCGGGUCACAAGUCCUUAAUUAUGUUUUCAUGUCAUUUACAUACUUUGGGUUCUACAGAGCAUGCAAGGCCCAAGGUAUUGACAGAAAAGAUUUUAGCUAUACCUCCUGGUGCCAGCCAUAUUCUUCCAUCAUUAUAUGUGUUUUGCUAAUUUUGAUGGUGGCAGCUGUCGGAUAUUCCGUCUUCUUACCAGGUCAAUGGGAGGUGGAUAAUUUUUUGUUUUCAUAUAUUAUGGUUUUUAUAAAUAUUUUUGGUUUUGUUUCUUGGAAAUUGAUCAAAAGGACUAAAUUGGUUAAGCCAGAAGAAGCUGACUUGAAAUCUGGCCUAGAAGAAAUCGAAAGUCACGAAUAUGAUCUCUACUAUGAUGAGGGAGAGAAGAUCGAUUUCCCUAAAAAAUGGCAUCAAAAAAUCCUUAGUUGGCUAUUUUAG